AUUGGAAUAAGAAUGGAAUUGAAAAAUGUGGUGAAGGACAAGAAAUUUUGGAUGGCAUCUUUCAUCAUUGCUUGGGCUGCAGCUCUUCAGGGUCACAUGAUGUGGUUGCAGCGCCAGAAUUCCUUCAAAGAAAAAUUCGGUAACCCCCAAGACCAUCCUCAAAACCCUAACUAACUCACUCUCUUAGAUCACACCUUCGCUUCUAUUCUGUUUCUAUGCUUCAAUUUAUUAUUAUAUUAAACAAUCUUCAUCUUC